AUGGUCAGUGCGCCGGAUAAAAGAACGCAGCGGGCCGUAUGUGACCCCUGGGUCACACUUUUCCUGCUCGUGCCCGUGGGUUGCUGCAAAACCGGCACCGACGGCUCAACAACUGCCCAAAGACGAAAGCAAGUUAUCAAAAUGGGCAACCCCAAAUCCAAACGCGCCCCAUCGAAAUUGAGGUUGUCCGAGCACGUCCCAGCAGUAGAAAACGCCCGGUUCGACUUAGCGUCCCUUCCUGACGUCUCGGUGACCUGCUCCGCGUUCGACUUGGUCGUCCGGGUCAAGCCGUCGUUCUACGGAUUCGGCGCGGAUGAGUCCGAGCUCCAGCUGGGCCGAAGCUGCCGAAGCAACGGAGUCCUGGGACCGUACGGAGACCUGCUUUUCACGUAUCCCCUGACGGACUGCGGCUCCCGGCAAGAGUCGACGCGCGACUUCCUGCUCUACAAAUUCACGCUCCAUUAUGAACCUUCAAACGCGAGGAUUCCAAGUGGAGCGCCUCGGUUUGACGUCGACAUUGAAUGUCGUUAUCAAAGGUACCACCAUGUGUACCAACUGGCAGUCAAGCCAACCUGGACAACUGCCCUUAUGCGUAAAAAUCUGAGAGCGCAUCCAAAUGAGUUCCAAAUCCAAUUGAUGGAUGAUUCAUGGAGCAACCCAAUCGAAAACCAAGUGUUCCAGCUUGGUCAGAAGGUUAACGUCCAAGUCUCUGCUCCACAUCUGCCCGCUGGAAGGAGACUGUACAUCAACAACUGCUAUGCUUCACCAGACAGUGGCUCUUCAUUGUCCCACAGAUACAAAAUUAUUGGCAAUUCAGGUUGCAUGCUGGACAGCAAGCGACACCCCGGAGGAGCCUCUAAGUUCAUCUCACAAGCUAACAGGACCCUGAGAUUCUCAUUCAAUGCCUUCCAGUUCAUUUCUGACCCAGACAGGGAGAUCAGCAUUUACUGCAAAUUAUUUGCCACAUCAAAAGAGCCAGGUCCAGCACAGAAAUCAUGCACUUACAGAGAGGAUAGGUGGAAGGCCCUUUCAGGAGAUGACAACAUAUGCAAAUGCUGUGAUUCACAGUGCGUGAGCUCAAAGUCAAAGAGAACAAGCAUGGAAGGUUCCGUAAGAAGGGGCUUCUUGGUUGCAGAUCAGCCACUUGUUGAAGAGGAAGGCUUACUACGUAUCAGAAGACUGAAUCGUCCCCUACAUGAUGUGCACAGUGAUGCCAUCUUGUGGCAAAUUGCAGAUGUACUCAUGAAUGAUGGUGUUGAGGAAGACAGUGUGGAGGAUUCUGGAAGAGAGAGUGUGAUUCGAGAAGAAAAGAUAGGACAGGAAGUUGAGAAGCUUGCCCAUAGGUGGAAAAAGUCUGAAGAGAGAGGUUUAAGAGAGCUCAUAGAGGAUGGAUCAGGAUAUGAUGUUGAAGAGGAAGAAUUUGAAGGCAAAUGGGUGGUCCAAGAAGAUGAAAUAAAAGGGAAAGUAUUGGGUAAAUGGGUGAGGAUGGAGCCAAUUUUAGCAUCACAAGUCACUGUGCUACAACUUGAUACCAAAGGGGACAAAGGAAAACGGAAUCACACGCAUGGGACUAAAGAGGCUCCAAGAACACAAUUGGCUGAUGUACAGAAUAAUGAUGAGCUGACUUGGUAUUUUACAUGGUAGUACAGCUGAAUGCAUC